AUGGCCCAGUUUGUGACCCACAUCCAACCCACGCUAAUGGAGGCGUCGCAAGGUCAUGUGCCCCACCACCACGGUCAUCAGGUGGGUGUGCAACACUCGUCGCAUCUGCCCCACAGCGGCCACAACAUGCCCUCGCCCCCCACCCAUAAUCAUCACCAUGGCCAUGGACAUGGACAUCACUCCGGCGGCGGUCAUGGUGCAGCUGCCCAUCCGCACAAGCAGACGCAUCACAGCACUACUACCGCUGGACACUCCUCCAAGACGCAGCAUCACAGCCACAGCCCGCCCUCGCAGAUUCAUUCGCCACCGGCGGAACACCAUCCGGAUCAUAUUGGUCACUACGAGUACUAUCAGCACCAUCAUGAGCAGGUCUUCCACCAUGAGGGAGGAGCUAGCGGAGCUACUAAGCAGCAGCAGCACCCGCACCCACAUCACAGUGGCAACAAGCACGAGCAUUGCCCCACAGGACAUCAGAGUGCGGUGAGUAGACAUUCCCAGGAUUACAUCAUAGGGAAUUAG